ACUUUUAUUUUGACUAUGCUUUCGACGACUGCACAUGUAACACUCCUGCUGAUUUUUUUCAAAGCGUCCAAAGGGCAAUAUGACACAUUAGCAAGUUGUGUUUGGCUGAGAUCAGAAUAAUCACUGGGAAAUGGCCAACCCACUCCGAGCAGAGGUAGUGCAACUGUACAAAACUUUGCUGUUUCUUGGACGGGAGUAUCCAAAAGGAGCCGACUAUUUCAGAGACAGACUGAGGGCUGCUUUUGCCAAGAAUAAAGAUGUGCGAGACCCAGAGAAGAUCAAAGAGCUCAUCAGCCGAGGAGAAUUUGUGGUGAAAGAGCUCGAAGCGCUGUAUUACCUCCGGAAGUACAGAGCUUUGAAGAAGCGAUAUUAUGAAACAGAGUGAAAAAAAUCUCAUGCUGCAUGUGCCUGUCAUUUACAUAAACAAUAGCGAUAGUAUGACUGUAAAUAGCUGCAUGUGUAAUUUAUUCUCCUAAUUACAUUACAAAAAUUGUCACUAUUACAAUAAAAAACAGGCAAAAAUGUA